AUAAUGGAGAAAAAAUAAUAAUGUGUUGAAUUCUUGUCUCUUUUUAAAACACCAAUGGGCCCCAGGUGAACAUGUAUAGAAGAGUAACAAAGUAUUAUUAAAAACAUACGUUUUUUGACGUAAAUAGAAAGAAGAAGUGUACAUUUCUGGUAGCACACAGCUAUCAGAGGCGUGUCGUCAUAGGGGGGCAGGAACCUACGAUUGCUUCACCGUAGUCACUUAACGGCAACGAACACGGUAUUUAAAUCAUGACGGGGCCGCCGAAGCGUCAAGACACACGGAAAUUGUUCGAGAAUUUAUCCGGAGAUGGAAAAUCUAUCGCAGUGCUGACCAGCGGAGGAGAUGCCCAAGGCAUGAAUGCAGCGGUGAGGGCCGUGGUCCGUAUGGGCAUCUAUGUUGGAGCAAAAGUCUACUUCAUCCAUGAGGGUUACCAGGGGAUGGUGGACGGAGGAGAUAACAUCAAAGAAGCGACGUGGGAAAGUGUCUCCAGCAUGUUGGAAGUGGGUGGAACUGUCAUCGGCAGCGCCCGUUGUAAAGAUUUCCGUACUCCCGAGGGACGCCUGAAGGCAGCAUACAACCUGGUGAAGCGCAGCAUCACCAACCUGUGUGUGAUUGGUGGAGACGGCAGCCUGACCGGUGCCAACCUGUUCAGAAAAGAGUGGAGCGGCCUGUUGGAGCAGCUUCUCCAGCAAGGUCUGAUCACUGAGCAGGAAUCCUGCUCCAACUCAACGCUGCACAUUGUCGGUAUGGUGGGCUCCAUCGAUAAUGAUUUCUGUGGCACUGACAUGACCAUUGGCACUGACUCUGCCCUGCAUCGCAUCAUCGAGGUGGUGGACGCCAUCAUGACCACUGCUCUGAGCCACCAGAGGACGUUUGUUCUGGAGGUCAUGGGCCGACACUGUGGAUACCUGGCUCUGGUCAGUGCUCUGGCAUGUGGGGCUGAUUGGGUUUUCAUCCCUGAAAUGCCCCCAGAAGAUGGAUGGGAGGAAACCAUGUGUCAUAAACUGUCUGAGAACCGUGCAGAAAGAAAAAGGCUGAACAUUAUAAUUGUAGCAGAAGGUGCCAUCGAUUGUCAGAACAAGCCAAUCACGCCGGACUAUAUCAAGGACCUGGUGGUCAGCCGCUUGGGUUUUGACACAAGGGUCACCAUCCUGGGCCACGUCCAGAGAGGUGGGACCCCCUCUGCCUUCGAUAGAAUUCUGGCCAGUCGUAUGGGGGUGGAGGCAGUGCUGGCGUUAUUAGAGGCAUCUACCAACACCCCCGCCUGCGUGGUCUCUCUGGUCGGGAACCAGGCUGUUCGCCUGCCGCUGAUGGAGUGUGUUCAGAUGACUCAGGAAGUCCAGAAAGCCAUGGAUGAGAAGAAGUUUGACGAGGCCGUCGGACUCCGUGGAGGGAGCUUUGAAAACAAUCUGACGACCUACAGACUCCUCUCUAACCGCAAAGCCGACUCUGAACUUCCAAAUAGCUUCUUCAACGUGGCCGUGCUGAACGUUGGCGCUCCAGCUGCUGGUAUGAACGCCGCUGUUCGGUCGGCCGUCAGAGUGGGAAUCACCGAGGGUCACAAGAUGUUCGCAGUCAGUGACGGCUUUGAAGGGUUUUACAAAGGGCAGAUUAAAGAGAUCAAGUGGGGGGACGUUGGAGGAUGGACUGGUCAGGGAGGGUCGCUGCUGGGGACAAAACGAACUCUUCCUGGGAAACAUCUGGAGAAGAUCGCUGAGCAAAUCAGAAUUCACAACAUCAAUGCUCUGCUUGUUAUUGGAGGAUUUGAGGCUUUUGAGUCCGUGCUGCAGUUGUACCAGGCCCGAGCCGACUUCCAGGAGUUUUGCAUCCCACUGUGCGUGCUGCCGGCCACGAUCAGUAACAAUGUGCCAGGUACCGAUCUCAGCAUCGGUGCUGACACGUCUCUCAAUGCCAUUGUGGAGACCUGUGACCGUAUCAAACAGUCCGCCAGCGGCACCAAGCGGCGAGUUUUCAUCAUCGAGACCAUGGGUGGAUACUGUGGCUACCUGGCCACUGUGGGGGGGCUGGCUGCUGGCGCCGACACCGUCUACAUCUUUGAGGAGCCGUUUGACAUCCGCUAUCUGCAGGCCAACGUGGAGCAUUUAACGGAAAAGAUGAAGACGAGCAUCCAGAGAGGUUUAGUUCUCAGGAAUGAAAACUGUAACGAGAACUUCACGGCUGACUUCAUCUACCAGCUGUACUCUGAGGAGGGUCGCGGUAUCUUUGACUGCAGGAAGAACAUCCUGGGUCACAUGCAGCAGGGGGGCGCUCCAUCUCCUUUUGACCGAAACUUUGGCUCCAAAGUGGCUGCCAAAUCGAUGCAGUGGAUCACUCAGAGUCUGCAGGAGUCUUAUAAAGGAGGGCGGGUGUUCGCCAACUCGGAGGAAUCUGCCUGUUUGUUGGGGAUGCGUCGCAGAGCUCUGGUGUUCCAGCCUGUGUCACAGCUGCACGAGCAGACGGACUUUGUACAUCGGAUCCCAAAGGAGCAGUGGUGGCUAAAGCUGCAUCCACUGAUGAAAAUUCUGGCCAAGUACAAGACGAGCUACGACGUGUCCGAUUCUGGACAGCUGGAACAUGUGACCCACAUCCGACCCAAAGAAACCAGCAACAGAGCAGCCAUCUGAAGAAGAGCAAACAUGAGCAGUUGCUCCAGUGAACUGACACAUAUUUAAUUAACUUAAAUAGAUAUUAUGAUGAGGAUAUAUAUAUAUAUAUAUAUAUAUAU